CAAAUCUUCUGUUUUAAAAUCUUCAAACGAUUCCCUCCAAUUCUCUCAAACUCCGUAAAUCUCUUCCUUCUUCAUUCUGAGAUUCCAUAGCUAUGGCGGCCAAUCUUCAUCGACCAGUACCACACUCUUCUUCAAGCGCUUAUUCCCGGAAGCAGAAAUCCCUCGGCCUCCUCUGCGCCAAGUUCCAUCUCGCUUCUCUUCCUUUUAGAUUUGUCUGUUUAUUCACAUAUAUCUUAUUAUCUCUUUUCGCUUGUAGUUUUUUGAGAUUGUACGAUCGAGAUGAUGUUCAGUUGAUCAGCCUCGACAAUGCUGCCUCUAGGCUGGGUGUUGAAAGACGACGUAUCUACGAUAUUGUUAACGUUUUAGAAAGCGUUGGAAUUUUGUGUAGAAAAGCGAAAAAUCAAUAUAGUUGGAUAGGAUUUUCUGGUAUUCCUAAGGCACUACGGCAACUUAAGGAAGAAGAUCCGAAGGGAAAUUGCUCUACCAUAGAUGAAAAUGAUAACUCAAAGUUGAUAGAUGACGAAGAUGAAACAUGUUCAGAUCUCACAUCUGUAAGCCACGAGUCUAAAUCUUCUGCGUCGGCGAGAUAUGUGGCAUCAGAUAAUCGGAGGGAAAAAUCUCUUGCACUUCUAACGCAGAAUUUUGUCAAGCUCUUUAUUUGCUCUAACGCACAUGUGAUUUCACUUGAUGAAGCUGCAAAAUUACUGCUAGGUGAUGCACAAAGUGCAUCGAUAAUGAGAAGCAAGGUCAGACGCCUUUAUGAUAUCGCAAAUGUGUUAGCAGCAAUUCAUCUUAUUGAAAAGACGCAAACAGUUGAUACCAGAAAGCCUGCAUUCAGGUGGCUAGGAUUGAGAGGUAGAGUCGAGAAUUGUCGUGCAGGCAAGCCGGUGGACUCAAAUAAAAGGAGUUUUGGAACCGAUAUAACUAACAUCAAUUUGAAGAAAAACAGAUUGGCAAAUUCAUUUGAUCUGAAUAAGAGCCCCAAUUCCCAGCAACAAAAGCAUGUGCAGCUUGAAGGUUGUGGGGUUGAAGCAGAUGGGGGCGAGUUAGAGCGCGAUACAAAUUGUAAGAGCUUCAAAUUUGGCCCCUUUUCUCCCAGUGAUAGACUAGAAGCUAAAGCAUCAAGAAAUGAAGCAAAUCGGUGUCGUAAUAACUGGGUGAGCCUUGCCUCGGCUUACCAUCCUCAGUAUCAAAACCAAGGUAUGUUCUAUUCUAGUUUCUCUGUUAAGAACUCAUGUGGAGUGAACUUACUUGAAGACAAAAGUAAACAUACCAGUAGUUUUCCUUCCUAUGAUUUUGCAGCUUUAAGAGAACUAUUCUCCCAUUACAAGGAAGCCUGGAAGUUAUGGUACUCUGAAACUGUGAACAGAUCAUGAACACAAAUCCCUGAAGCAUAAUUCUUGUCAACCAACAUCUAUUUUGACUUAGUAUAGCAUUGAAGUCAUCCUUAUGAUGAUUGAUUUUUGUAGCUUUGGGUAUCUCUUGUCAACCAACAUCCAUCAAGUAUAGCAUUCGAGUCAUUCUUUUGUUGAACUGAUUUUUGAAGCAUAGGGUACUUGGCUGUGCCAACUCCGAUCUCUGGAGGCCAUCAUCAUGGUGUGUAGAUAGUUGCACUGCGCUUAAAGCCUAGGGACGCAUAAUGACUUGGAAUGUAGCUAGUUUAUCUACAGAUAAGUAGUUUAUUGUCUGUGUAUUUUGCAUAAUUGAAUCAAUGUAGUAGCCAAUUUCAAUCAGAUCUCAAUUUACAGAAGUCCGCCUCCACACCCGUUUUUCGAGUAGAACAGGGUAAUAUGAAACAAAAAUGUACUAACUUAUUAUUUUUGUUUAGUUUUUUUUUUUUUUCAUAGAAUUAUUUCCUCUU